CGAGCAUGCUGGGAUGUGUGUGUAACUUUCACAGGUCUGGAAUGGCGUGUUAAGGAGCGCGCACACGCACACACUGACGCGAACAGAACACACACAUCACUCUCUAUAGUCGCGCGCGAACAGCUCGCGUUGGUGUUGCGGUGUCGUGCAAGAACACAACAGGAGCUCGACCUUGACAGUCUGGGACACCAUCCUCAUCCUCAUCCUCAGCGCGUGAAACUCAGCUGGCACUUCCUGGGGUGCAAGGGACUGCUGCUGUCACGAUGGACGCCCAAUCACAAGGCCAGCAGCCACCGGUGCCAGUGUUUCAGCCACAGAAAAUCCAACAGGAUAUGGGCUAUAACAAUUUAGCCAAUUUUGCCAUUAUAAAGAAGAUCGGAAGGGGACAGUUCAGCGAGGUUUAUCGAGCUACGUACAGGCACGACCAUACUCCAGUAGCUUUGAAAAAAGUGCAGAUAUUCGACUUGAUGGAUGCCAAAGCUCGGCAAGAUUGCAUCAAAGAAAUAGAUCUCCUGAAGCAAUUGAACCACCCCAAUGUAAUUAAAUACCACGCGUCAUUCAUUGAAGAGAACGAGCUAAAUAUAGUGCUGGAACUUGCAGACGCUGGGGACCUCUCACAAAUGAUAAAGCAUUUCAAGAAACAAAAACGGCUGAUUCCCGAGAAGACAGUAUGGAAGUACUUUGUUCAGCUGUGUAGUGCACUGGAGCACAUGCACUCCCGCCGCGUCAUGCACAGAGACAUUAAACCAGCUAAUGUCUUCAUCACAGCCACUGGGGUGGUAAAACUGGGCGAUCUGGGCCUGGGACGCUUCUUCAGUUCCAAAACAACCGCAGCUCAUUCUCUAGUGGGCACCCCAUAUUACAUGUCUCCCGAGCGAAUACACGAAAACGGAUAUAACUUCAAAUCUGACAUCUGGUCGCUAGGCUGCCUGCUCUAUGAGAUGGCUGCCUUGCAGAGUCCAUUCUACGGGGACAAAAUGAACCUGUACUCGCUGUGUAAAAAGAUCGAGCAGUGUGACUACCCCCCACUACCGGCUGACCAUUACUCUGAGGAGCUGAGAAAACUGGUAGAUAUGUGCAUCAACCCUGACCCAGAGAAAAGACCUGACAUCACCUACGUAUACAGCAUCGCCAAGCACAUGCAAGCCUUGACGAUCGCAAACUGAGUUUGCUUACCCAAUUCCUCUUGCCUCUACUUUGAAGACCUUCAUCUGGCCCACCAAUGUCAUUUAAAGCUUGUUUUGCUCCAUCGUAAUGAAACCUGGCAUCUUUCAGUACAAAACAUACAAUGUAAGGCACAAAGCAGGGCCUUUGUCAUACCAAAACAACAUAAAAAAGACAAAAAAUGACCUCGACCUUUUUAAUAUUGCUCUCCAAAGAAGACAAUGGAAAAUUAAGCAGUGUUCUAAAAACUGGUUUGACUUGAUUUUUUGAUUUCGAUGCUGGUACAGUGCGAUGAUACCUCCAUUUUUGGCUGCCAUCGCAUUAGCAUGAAAUCCGAUAUGCUUUUCACAAUCCCAUAACACCCCUUCCAAGAACUUUUUUAUUUUUUUUAUGAGAAAAACAUCCCUAUAAAAAGAGAAUGAAAAUUCCCCCUAAAAAGCAACUUUCUUGCAUUAAAACAUUUAGGAGGUUUGUCGUUCUAUUAAAAGAGCGUGAUAUCAUAGUGCUAUUUGUCGCAAUUUUUAUUGCCUAAAUUACUAGUCCAUAUCUAAACCUCAGCAGUUUGUACUUGCAUCUUGCUGUGAUGCCAGAAAAACAUGCUCAUAGUCCCAAGUCUUUUUUUUUUAUUUCCUCAAUAAACAUGUUUAUUGCGAUUCUUCUUGGGAUUUUAGGUCUUGGACCUUUUGCGAUUUUAAAAUAAAUCAUUGAUCACGACAAUACGGCGCAUUUGCGUUAUCGUAUAACGCAUUCAGCGCGGGGUCCGUUUUAAAAAGCAAAUUCUUCCCAGUAUCCGCACCUUUACGGCUGAUACUUGAACUUUAAUAAAUGUUUAAUGCAAAGGCCCUCACUUGCAAUGCAGUAACUUAUAAAUAUUCACACAUUCUCUAGUGCCUUGCUCUGAAAAGAAAAGCCAAAACAGUGCCUUUCUUCCUGUAAACCAAAAGGUUUUUUUUUAAGAGAUUGGCUCUAAUUGCAUCAUUCAAUUGGUUUACACAUGCAUACAACACAUCCUGAAAGAGGUACGUUUACAAUGAGUCUGUUUGGCCUUGUACAAUUCCGCUAUGUUCACGCAAACUUUUGACCUCUUCCAGACUGUCAUCUUUGUGCUCCUGUGCUGCUUUCCAGAAUGUGGCUUGUGAUCUUGAGUUCCCCAAGCGUAUGAAGUUCUACUAUACAGACAGCAGCACCUUUUGCAGACAGUAUGAUUUGCUGUGAUAGUACCAAGUAUAAAAUGGUAUAUUUUUUGCAACUUCAAUCGAGAGCAUUUUUAGUGUUUACCCUUUAUUUUCCUUUCUUUUUGUAUGUAUUUUUGCAAUAAUCACUUUUUUCUUUCGCCUCAUGUUAACACGAUAACAGAUUAUGCUUGUUGCCUCAUAGAUAAUAGUAUGUAUUUAUCUCGACAAGGCGCUCAAAGCCUUCUCCAGCGAGAUCUGGAUCCUUUACCACGGUAAAGCACACAUGAAUCGGACUCUCGCCGUCUGUACUCUACUUUCACCCAAAUCAUUUGGGAGCGACAGGCAACUUUUUAUUUAUUUGUCCUUUUUUUUUUGACUGUUUAUUUGAACGUUUAACAUUCAAGAUGCACAUUAAUUCUUUGUAUGCUAAUUGAGAUGAAAAAAAUAAAUAAAAUGAAAUGACUCAAACCGU